UGUCCUGAUCUUCAUCGUUGCAUCGGAAUGGCUCCCAAAAAGCAAGAAGCAAAAAAGGAGACGGCCAAGCCAGCGCCUCCUCCCGAGCCGGAGAAAGCCAAAGUGCCCGAAUUUGACCUGAAGAGCAUCGCGAUUGAAUUUACAGCCGAACAGAUUGAAGAGGCCUUCAUGCUCUUCGACAGAUCACCCACUGGGGAAAUGAAGAUCACCUACUCUCAGUGUGGUGAUGUCAUGAGGGCGUUGGGUCAGAACCCAACCAAUGCGGAAGUCAUCAAAGUACUGGGCAAACCCAAACCUGAUGAAAUGAACACUAAACUGAUCGACUUUGAGACGUUCCUGCCAAUGUUUCAACACGUGUCUAAGUCUAAAGAUCAGGGCACGUUUGAGGAUUUUGUUGAGGGGCUGCGAGUGUUUGACAAGGAGGGCAACGGCACCGUAAUGGGGGCAGAACUUCGCCACGUACUGGCGACUUUGGGUGAGAAGAUGACCGAAUCAGAAGUAGACCAACUGAUGGCAGGACAGGAAGAUGGAAAUGGCUGCGUCAACUAUGAAGCUUUUGUUAAACACAUCAUGGCUGGUUAAACAAAAGAGGCCCAUAUGUGACAGACUUCAGGAGUUAACAACAUUCUCUCUGUAAACCUUUAUGUUCAUUUCAAAGAAGCUUUUUU